GACUUUGAAAGUGCCGGUUUACAUUCAUUUACACAAUAUUGGGGUUUACAGAUUGAAAAUGUUUAUGCCACUUCCGGUUUAAUAAUACAAAUAUUCGUGCACGGGGACUCUCUUCGAAAUCAUCUUGUCGCCAUUGUAGUUCCGGACCCGGAAACUUUUGUUCCAUGGGCGAAUGCGUUAACCGGACAAAACGUUUCAUUAGGCGAUGAGAAGGGAUUGGAAUCUCUUACCAAAAAUGAUCACGUAAAGAGAGCUUUCUUGGAAGAAAUGAACAAAGUUGGGAAGCAUGCCAAACUCAAUGGUUUCGAGUUAGUCAAAGCCAUUCAUCUUACUCACAUCCCAUUUUCUAUCGAUAAUGACUUAUUGACCCCGACUCUAAAAGUUAAGCGCCACGCAGCUAAGGAAUAUUUCCGCGAGGAGAUUGACAAAUUAUACACCGAGGACAAUAAUAAGUUCGCAUCCAAAUUGUGA